CAGCCGGGCGCUGUCUAGCCACCGAAGCGAAAGAAACGAAACGAGACGAAAAGCGGGUCGAAAACCAUCCGAUCGCCUCGCCCACACCGCACCCAUGGCGAUCCAAUCCACGCUCGCACGCGCCGCGGUGUUGUGCCUGGUGCUGGCCCCCGGCGGAAACCGGGAAGGCACCGCGCGUGCCUUUGGGGUGAAACCCCACUCCCGGAAGACCCUUUUCCCUCCUUUGGCCCGCGGGCCCCCUUGGGCUCUCGAAGAGCGGCCGGCCCGACGAGCACGAGCACGAGAACGAACCCGAGCACCGCAAGACGCCUCCCGCGUGGGUGGAUCGCGGGCCCCCCCGGGCUCGCCGUUCCGAACCCUUUGGCUGGCGGCUUCGGUCGCCGCCUCCCUCUGGCUCGCCGGGGCCGUGGUUGGGGGAGGGGUCCUCCCGGCGGACGCCUCGGGGGAGGCAGGGGUUGCUUCCCUUGCCACCGAGCGGUUUGCCGGACCAAGCAGAGAAAGCAACGACGAAGCCGCUUCCGCUGCCGUUGGUGCCAACACCAGGCUCAUCGAUUACGCGGUGGGGACGGUCAACACCCAGUUCUACGACAAUUCCGGCGGCGCCAGGUUCAACCCGUCGGAUUUCUACAAGCAGUGGAAGGACCUCAAGCGCGAGCUGGAGGCGGACCAAGGGACACCACCACAGGGAGACAAGCGUCGGAACCACCAACACCCAAACCAACCAGGCGGAGGCCCGCUCCGGCUGGACACCCGCGACGGGACGGUGCAGACCCUCGACUACCUGAUUGCCUCGCUGAAGGAUCCGUAUUCCAAGUACAUGACGAGGGAGGAGCUCCUUUACGAGCUCAGGGGGAAACACGACGGCUUUCUGGGAACGGGGGCCUUCAUCGAGGUCCCGAAAUCCUCUCUUUCGCCGCCGCAGGCCCCAGCGGGUUCCGCCGGGCUUUUCUCCUCCCUUUCGUCGCCGCCAUUGUCGUCGUCCUCGUCGUCCUCCUCCUCCUCCACCCCCGCGGCCCCAAAGCAGCGGCACAACCGGGACUCGGAGCAGACGGCCUUCAAGGAGACCCUCGCGAUGGAGCGCCUCCGGAACAAGACCACCGGCAGGGGAACGAGCAGCCCCGGCCGGCUCCUGACCAACACCAAGGUGGCCAACCUCCCGGUGGUGACAGCCGUGGCACCCAACAGCCCGGCGGAGCGGUCGGGCCUGGUGGUGGGGGACAAGAUCGUGGCCGUCGGGGACGGGGACAGCUUUCUGGGCUACGGAAGGGACGAGGUCGAGCGCUGCCUGGCGGCCAAGUGGGGGUACGGAACCGGGCUCCCGCGCGUUAGCAGCAACAACAACAACAGCAAGAACAACAACAGUGUCGGUGUCGAAAGCAACGGCGAGAACCACCGGUAUUUCGGGGUGGCGGACCUGACCAUUGCCAAGCCGGUCUACGCCUCGUGGUCGGUUUCGCCGGAAGGCCCGGGAGGCGGCCCGCGGGAGCGGGACGUCGUGGUGGGAUACCGGUCCACCAAGGUGGGCCUGCCGACGCGGGCCACGGAGGGCCUUCCACCGGGCAAGAGGUCCCGAACCCCGGGUUCCGCCCCCGGAAGCGAGGCGGUGGUCUUCCACGAGCUCCUGACCCAUUCGGCCCCCGGGGGGAUCUUCGACGGGGCCCCCGGCGCGAGCCAAGGCCAAGGCCAACGCGAAGGCGAACCCGACGACGUUGGCCCGAGCGAAGCCCCACACCCGGGGGUGGGCUACAUCCGCCUGACGCGGUUCUCGAGGUCCUCCACCGAGGGCUUUCUGGAGGCGGUCCGGGACCUGGAGGACCGGGGGGCCGGCUCCUACGUCAUUGACCUCCGGAACAACUACGGGGGGGUCCUCCAGGAGGCCAUGCUGGCGGCCUCGACCCUCCUCGGGGACCCCCACGCGGUCCUCUGCUACCUCCUCAACGCGAGGGGGGGCUUCACCCCCGUCGACGUGGAGUCCUACGUGGUCGAUCCGCGCUACCCCGGGUACCUGCUGUCGAGGGAGCCGGGGGAGGCCGUCCUCCGGAGGGUCAUGGAGGAGCACCCCUCCAUGUUCCGGACCGUCCGCGGGACCGAGCGCAAGGGCCCUUCCGCGGAAGACGGCAACGGGAGCACCAGCACCGGCCUCAACCAGAAGCUUCGGGGCGGGGGGGCCGGAACCAGGGUGGUCGUCGACUGGGACCCCCCCAGCUCGUACGCCAGCAUCCACGAGCAGGUCGCCAAGCGGGGGAUCCACCGGCUCUACUACGCCGGAUACGGUGGGCAGGAGGAGAACGAGCCGGGGGGGGACAAGAGCCCGUUUUCGGAGAGCCGGAGGCGCCUGCUCGAGCAGCGCAGCCUCCAGAAGGACCUGGUCCUCCUGGUCAACGAGGGGACGGCCUCGUCCGCCGAGUUCUUUGUCGCCGCCCUCUCGGACAACGGCCGGACGGCGUCCGUCGUCGGGACCCCCACCUUUGGCAAGGGCCUGAUCCAGCACACCUUCCCGAUGCCCGACGGCGGGGGCCUCAAGCUGACCAUUGGCGAGUUUCUCCGGCCGAGCCUCUCGCACGUCUCGAGCGCCUACGUCGGGGGAGGCGGGAUCCUUCCCGACGUCUACUGCGGGAGCGCCCAGGGGAUCCCGGGGAACCCCGAGGCGGACCUGUGCGUCGGGGUCGCCCUGGACGUGCUGGAGGAGAGGCGGUCGUCGUCCUCGUCGCCGGUCUCGUCGCCGGUCUCGCCGCCGCCUUUGCCGAGGAACGCGAGGGCCGUGGCCUCCGCGAUCGGGAACCGGGCCGGCCCCUAGCGGGGGAGUCCAGUCCAUGAAAAAGAACAAGGCCGCAUCGGACAACUCGGACAUAGGAAUGCCCCCGGAAGGAAGAGAUGAUCGGUGAUUGCAACCUACAACAAUCCAUCGUUUUUCCCCAAACCGCAGCAAACUUUUCCGGCAAAUCGUUUCGACAACAGAGCCACCGAUUUCGCGAUCCAGGCAUGCACCCAACCUUAAACAUAACGUGC